AUGGGGGGAUGUGACGAUGCUGGGACACCAGAUCCAGCAGAGAAAGGGUUUGCCACUCUCGCGACACUCAGGAUCGGUGUGAAGGCUAUGGUUGAGAAGGAUGGUAGUCAUAGAAAAGCUGAGAUUCUGUCUAUGAGACAAAGGAAAGACACUCUUUACGUUUAUGUUCACUAUGUCGACUUCAACAAGCGUUUAGAUGAAUGGAUUCCGGCGACGCGUAUUGACCUGUCGCAGGAAGUAGAAUGGCCUGCGCCAGAGAAGCCAGAGAAGAAAAAGGCCCCCAGCAAAAGUGCAACUCAGAAACGUGCACGAGCAGAUAGUCGCGAUAUCUCAUCAACGCCAGACCUACUUACUGGCAAGAAUGUCAAUAUCAGCAAGGUUGUCCGCCUUUCGAAGGCUGGCGGAAAAGAGAAUCGUGCAGAAGAAACGCCCUUGAACCUAUCACUCGCAGGCUCCGAAGCAGUCUCUAUAGAUGGUACGCCCAAGGGGGAGUCUGAAGAUGUCGACAUGGUAGAUGCCGUCGAUACAAAACUCGAACAUCAAGAAAAAAUGCUAGGCGACAUGACCCGCGAAGAAGAAAUCGAAAAACUCCGAACAAGUGGAAGUAUGACCCAAAACCCGACGGAGAUCCAUCGUGUUCGAAAUUUGACUCGCCUUCAAAUGGGGAAACACGAAAUGGAGCCAUGGUAUUUCUCGCCAUACCCGGAAUCCUACCAGGACGCGGAUAUAGUCUACAUUGAUGAGUUUUGUUUGAGUUACUUUGACAAUAAGCGGGCAUUCGAGCGGCAUAGAUCGAAAUGCACACUUGUUCACCCGCCGGGAAAUGAGAUUUAUCGUGAUGACAACGUAUCCUUCUUUGAAGUCGACGGCCGUCGGCAACGUACAUGGUGCCGAAAUCUCUGCUUGCUGAGCAAGCUCUUCCUCGACCACAAAACCCUCUACUACGACGUUGAUCCCUUCUUGUUCUAUUGCAUGUGCACGCGCGACGAGACAGGCUGUCAUCUUACCGGAUACUUCUCCAAAGAAAAGGACUGUGCCGAAGGUUACAACCUAGCUUGUAUCCUAACUCUACCGCAAUAUCAGCGUCGAGGAUUCGGUCGUCUCCUCAUCCAGUUUAGUUACGAGCUUAGCAAGCGCGAGGGCAAGCUUGGAUCUCCAGAGAAACCACUCAGUGAUCUUGGUCUUCUGAGUUAUCGUCAAUAUUGGAGGGAGGUUUUGGUGGAGUUAUUGGUAGAACCUAAUCGAGAGGCGAUCAGCGAAUUCGAUCUGGCGACUCUGACUUCAAUGACGGAGAAGGAUGUGCAUGAGACACUGCUCGUUCUUAAUAUGCUACGAUAUCAUAAAGGAAACUGGAUCAUUGUCCUCCCGGACGCCAUCGUCGAGCAACACAAUAAAAGGUUAGAGAAGGAGAAGAUCAAGGGCAUCAAGAAGAUCGAUCCCACCAAAUUACAAUGGAAGCCCCCCGUUUUCACUGCUUCCAGCCGGACCUGGAAUUGGUAA